CACACGGGAGCGAGCACGGCGCAGAGCCAUGGUGACAGCUCCUCCGGCAGGAUAUUCAUCUCAUCUGCGGACGUUUCAAUGCAGGAUAACCUUCCGACAAUCACACCGAAGAUAUUUUAACAAGAUGUCAUCCUCCAGCAAAGGCCAUUUCUGAGACGAGACUUGGAUUUGUUGCACCAGAUGGAGUGGGAUUCAUCAGAUGACGGUCUUGGAGGAUCAAUGGAGGCCCUCCCUUACUUAUCUGAGUCUGCUCAGUCGAUGCCCUCCACCACCAACAUCUCAGAACAUGAGUUCUCGUGCCACUGUUGCUACGACAUCUUAGUGAACCCCACCACGUUGACGUGCGGCCAUAACUUCUGCCGCCACUGUCUGGCUCUGUGGUGGGAGUCCUCUCACAAGAACGAGUGCCCAGAGUGCCGGGAGAAGUGGGCAGGCUUUCCUAAAAUCAACAUACUGCUGAGGGAUGCAACUGACAAGCUGUUCACUGAGGUGGUUGAGCGGAGGAGGGCAGAGAUCCAGGAGAACCCCAAAAUCUCCCGGAGCUUGCUGGCCUUUCAGAGGUAUGGUGACAACUUGGGUAAAUCCAAGCCAAACCAGCACAAAGGAGCGGGCUUCUUCUUCUCUGGAGUCCUGACGGCACUCACGUGUGUGGCUGUGAUGGUGCUGGUGUACCACUGGAGCAGUGGGGUGGUGGAGCAGCAGGACAUGUUGAUCAGUAAACCCGUGUCUCACUGGACGCCGGAGGACGUGGUGUCCUGGCUGGAGCUCCUGGGGCCCUGGGCUCAGCUUUACAGGGAGCCCUUCCAGCAGGAGAGUGUCAACGGGAGGUUGCUCUUGAUGCUGGGGGAUGAAGAGUUGUUGAAGGCUCCUUACAGCAUCGACAACCAGGCCCACCGCCGGGCUAUUCUGGCUGAACUGGACAGAGUGAAAACCCUCGGAGUCAAACCUCCACAGAACCUCUGGGAAUACAAGGUUACUAAUGCAGGGAAGUCGCUGUUCUUGCUGUACGCGCUGAAGCGCUCCCCCCGCCUCACACUCUUCUAUUUGUAUUUAUUCGACUACUCGGAAACCUUCCUGCCCUUCCUGCACACCUGCUGUCCGGCCAUCACAAACAUCGGACAGUCAGUGGAGAGCAGCUUCCUCAACACACAGAUGGAGCCCAGCUGGCGGCAGUGGGGAGAGUUUCUUGUGAAGUACCUCCUGCUCCCAUACCAGCUGAUAGCAGAGUUUGCCUGGGACUGGUUGGCCGUGCACUACUGGACGUCUCGCUUCAUCAUCGUGAACGCCAUGCUGCUGUCCGUGCUGGAGGGCUGCGCACUGUGGAGACUCUGGGCGAGAGCCAGCAUCAGGGCUAUGCCACGCAAGAUGUGGAACCACUUGUGGAAGAUGCUAUCUCAGGGGUUUGCCUUCGCCCUCCUGUGGCCUUUUUUCCCUCAGUUUGUGUGCAACUGCCUCUUCUACUGGGCUCUGUACUUCAGUCCCAUCAUUAAUAUAGACCUGGUCGUGCAGCAGCUAAUGCACCCAGAAACACAGGCUCUGUAACAAACUGCAUGCUGACAGUGCUCCAUUAAUACCAUACAGUUCACAGCAAAUAUCAAGAGUUGCUGAAGAGGAGAGGGCGUUUAUUUUCAGCAGUAUACUCACAUGAGACUGGCUUACUCGCUGUUGGCAAGGAAGUUUUCUCGCUUCCAAGGCUUGACUCUGCUGGAUGGCUGCCAUGUGGAACAAGAGAGUCUUUUGUACAAGAAACAAAAACCAACAAGAUGAGAAUCGCUGAAAUAUCUGUGAUGUUAUUGAUUACUGCAGUGAUUUCUCUCUGCGUGCACAGUGCAUUCACAAACCACAUUGCCUAGAUGGUCGAGAGGGCAGUUAAGAAAUUGCCUGGCCUCUUAAGUAAUUUUCUGAAAGCUUUGUAGCACAGAGAGGGCUGUAGUCCAAUGAGAGGAGAGCUUUUUUGACGUACCUGAAGGUGGAUUAAAACAUCAGUAAAUGCA